AUAUUAAUUUAAUAUUUUUUUCAUGCCAAAUAUAUUUUUAGAACAUAUCUAAAUACAGUUUAAAUUAAAUGCAGAAAUAAACAGCCAGCAUAGUCAGACUCGAUUAACUCCAUGCCUAGUCGGUUAUACAAAGGAGCUAAUUAAAUCAACAUUAAUUACAAGGACGUUAUGCCUUGCAUGCAUGGUCCUUUAAAAUGGCAUCCUCUACCCUUCCAUCACACUUAGCCGGUCCACGUCUAUCCUCAGCCAAGAUGGUUCAAGCUACCAUGACAUGCUCGAUUGUAUUAACGCUAGCUUUUGGGUUCAUGGUGCUUGCCUCAGGUGUAGCGGCAGCUCCUGCAACACCAUUUUUCGGUCGCAACCCUGUAGAAAUUCAAGAGUGCUUGGCAACCAUCAAGGCGCACGCAGAUAUUUGCUUGCAUGAGGUUGCAUCCUUGGUGCUGACCUUUCAAAAGAACUUAGUCGGCCCUAAAUGUUGCAGUGCCUUGGCUGUAAUUGAUGACAAGUGCAAGCCUAAAGGAUUUAGUUUUGAUCCUUUCUUGCCUCCAUUGUGGAUCAGGAAACGCUGUGCUUCGCUAUUAUCUGCUCCAAGUCCUGAACCAGUCGUGCCAAGUUCUACUUCAUAACAUGUCAAGGAUUCCUAAGAAUGCGCCA